AAAAUUAAUUAAUUAAAAAAAUGGAGAGAGUGAAUCUGGGUGGUUUAGGGUACGAAAAUGGUGGAGUGAUGUUAACAAGAGAUCCUAAGCCGAGGCUGAGAUGGACGGCCGAUCUCCACGAUCGCUUCGUCGACGCCGUCGCUAAGCUCGGUGGCGCAGACAAAGCAACUCCUAAGUCGGUUUUGAAGCUAAUGGGAUUAAAAGGCUUAACAUUGUACCAUCUUAAGAGCCAUUUACAGAAGUAUAGACUUGGUCAACAACAAGGGAAGAAACAAAAUCGAGCAGAACGAAACAAGGAAAAUGCUGGAAGUUCAUAUGUGCAUUUUGAUAAUUGUUCUCAAGGAGGAAUCUCGAAUGAAUCAAGAUUUGAUAGCCAUCACAGAAAAACCGGGAAUGUACCUUUUGCAGAUACAUUGAGACAUCAGGUCGAUGCGCAACAGCGGUUUCAAGAACAGCUCGAGGUGCAAAAGAAGCUGCAGAUGAGAAUGGAAGCACAAGGAAAGUAUUUAUUAACAUUACUAGAGAAAGCACAGAAGAGCAUACCGUGUGGUAAUGGAGUUGAAACAGAGAAGGGUCAAUUCUCGAAUUUCAGUCUCGCACUUUCAGGGCUUGUAGGAGAUGAUGAGCUUAAGAGCGAAAAGUCAGGUUUGAUUACCGAUAUCUCACACCUUAAUGGUGGUGGUGAUUUGUCUGAAGAAUUUCGAUUAUGUGGAGAAAGAGAGAAAGAAGACCAAACAGGAGAUGCAGGUGUUAAACCGGAAUCCGGGUUUGUGCAUUUUGAUUUGAACUCCAAAAGUGGGUAUGAUCUGCUGAAAUCUGGGAACUUUGGGAUUGAAAUGAAGCCAAAUGUGAUUGCAGAUAGACAUCAAUAGGUCAAAAGAGACGCUUUCUUUAAUUUGUUUUUUCCUUUUUUUUUGUAUUGUUGUUCUUAUAGAAUGUUACACAUUGGCUUCAUGAUCCGUGGUAUAAGAAGUAAAU